UUGUCGCUGUCAACAAUGGCCCCAGAGGCCUUCCUGGCAGGAGCCCGCAAGGACACAGAGGCAGACAUGCAGACCCUGAGGCGGCAGGCUGCCCGGCCCUACAUCCCCUCAGGGACCUACGUCCCCUCUGGGACCCUCGAAGUGGACUUCCCGGCCCCUCUGUACAGCGAUGACUACCUGUCCCAGGAGGGGCCCCGCUGGGCUCCAGCCAUCAAGCAGGCGACACGCUGGAAGUACACGCCCAUGGGACGCGACGCAGCCGGCCAGCUGUGGUACACAGGCCUGACCAACUCGGCCCCCCGAGAGGCCUGGUACAACCUGCCCCGGGCCCUGGACAGCCCGUGCCGUGAGGCCCACGGCCGCUGGCACGGGUGCUGCCAGCACCAGGAGCGGAGCAUGCCCUCGGCCUACACGCAGCACCUGCGGGACAUGGCCUGCUAUGACCCCGUCGUCCCCGCCCAGUACACGACGCUGGGCACCCGGUGGGGCAGCGUGCUGUGGAAGGACAGGCCCACCCGCGGGAAGGAGUUAGGUGAGGCCAGGCACGGGGUGGGAUCGUGUCCCCCAAGGCCCGGUGGCAGGGAGGCCGGUGUGGGGGGAGGCCUGGUGGCCCUUGUGGCUGGGAGCUGGCGGGGUGACCCACCUCCCGGCCCACAGUGCUCAACAGGAACAGGUACCAGGCGGAGCCGCUCUGGCGGGCGUCCGACUACGUGCCCUACCUGUCGGCGCCCCAGCGCCCGCGCUACACCACCCAGAACUACCGCCAGUGGGGCCUGGAACCCUACUGUCCCUCCACACGCCAGCGGCCCCCACCCGUCUACACGCCCACCCUCUGAUAAAGGUCACGCUGCCCCUCCCCCGUGUGGCUGCCUGAGUCUGGGGACGGGUGGGCACUGGGUGGCCGGGCACCCGGAUAGACGGGUCACCGACCACGCCCAGGUGAGCGAAGGCCAGCGUGGGGACAGGCAGGAGCCAGGCCAAGUCCUAUCUUUCUUUAUUCACUGCCACAGAGCCCGCCCGUCCGGCAGCCCAGGUCUCCUGGCAGGCUCGGGUCACAGCACCGUCCCAAGGGGCCCCUGGCAGUGUCCAGAGACCCCCAGGCUGGAAGUGGGGGGCAAACUGGGGCUAAGCUCAGGGCAGCCCCUGGGCCCCACUGGGACCCUCACACCUCCGGCCCCCCUGCUCUACAGAGGGGCACCCCAAGUCCUCCAGGGGGCUGGGAAUGGAUGAGUUGGGGUACCCCCAAACCUGGGGGACCCACGGCCCCUGUAAGUCCAAGGAUCAGUCGCUAGGUCCCCCCAACAGUUCUUGGCCUGCACCCCAGGGCCAGACAAGAAUCCAGAAGUUGGGGGGGUUCUCCCAGAGGCCUCGAGCUGGAUGUCGCUGUGCAGAAAUGUGGGUCACUUGUGCAGAUGCAGGAUUCCGUGGGGCUGUCAGGGUUGGGCACCAGGGUCCCCUACAAUGGGGGGCGUGAGGACAGUGUCAGGGAGGGCGGGGCUGGCCCGGCCCUACCCACCACGGCUUGGCUGGUUUUGGGGGGCAGGGCGGGGCCCAUGACUCACAGCUGCGCAGGCGGAUGGGCCAGAUGAGGAGGCUGCAGAGACAGAGGGUCGCGGCCACGCCCACGCCGCCGGUCACGGCCACCAUCACCCAGUGGUAGAAGCCCACGCAGGCCCCGCAGCAGAGCUCCGAGCUGGGGGCAGGAGGGACAGCUGAGUGGACGUCCGUGGGGACCCUCCCCUCCCACCCAGGGUGGCUCCGGCCUGUCCUUCAGGCCAGAGAGGUUGGGGCCCCCUGACUCCCUCCCACACCCCACACCCCGCCCGUCCUGGCUCUGCCUCCAGUCUGCCCCCAAUCCACCCGCUCUUGCCCCUCCCCUGCCCCCAACUGGACCAGCCCAGUCCCCUCCGCCCUGUGCCCCUGCUCCUGCCCUCAGCCCCCAGUCUCCUCCCCACAUCGGCCACCAGAGGGCGCCUGUGAGCACCUGAGUCGGGGCCUGUCCCUCCUCUGCCCACAGCACUCCAUGGCUCCCACCUCCCUCUGGGUCAAAGCCCAAGUCCUCCCUGGGGCUCACUAGGCCCUGCACGGCCUGCCCUGUCCCUUCCCUGCCCUCCCUCUCCUCCUUCUCUUCCCCUCACUGCUUCAGCCACAUGGGCCUCCUUGUUGUGCCUCUAACACGCCAGGCACGGUCCUGACCCAGGGCUUUUGCACAGCUGUCCCUCCCCACAGGCUUACAACUCCUAACAUCCUUGAGGCCUUGGGUCCAAUGUCACCUCCUCAGGGAAGCCCUCCCCGGCUUCCUGCUCUGACCAGCCAGGCCUCUCCAAGUGGUCACCUCAACACCUCUCACCACUGGUCUCGAUUACACAUUUUUGCCUGCGAUUAUUAACGUGGCUUUGCCCCCAGCUCCAUGAGGACAGGAGACCAGGCCAGCUUUGGUUCCCAGGUCCUGGGCCUCUACAGGCUCGAACUCAGUGGUCUAGAACCAUCCAUGUCCGGACCCCAAUGCUCUACAGGUCUGCGUAUCAUGGACUCUGGGCUCCCUCCAGCCGGACCCACUUGUGUUUCCCCAGUACACAUGCCUGCUGUGUCCUCAGAUGCAGAGUUUGUUGAAUGAAUAAACGAAGUGCCCAAAGUAAGAAAUGAGAGGUUUCUCUGGCCUGUGAGUCCCACCAGGGCAGGUGUCUUAUGUCCGGGACCCGGAGCACUGCCUGGCACUCAGCAGGUGCUCACUGAAGGAACGAACGAAUGAGUGAGUGGCACUCACGGGCAGGGGUGCAGGCUCUGCACGGCCAUGACUGCCAGCCCGUUGGCCACCUUAUCCGAGAAGCUCAUGGCGCCAUACACGAAGGCUCCGCUGUGCUGGGGGUGACAGGCAGGUGGUGAGUACUGCGGCCCCUGAGGUCCCUAGCCUCCGCCACCCCAGCCCUGCCCUCCGGCCCUACCGUGUGGGGGCCGAUGAGGUCGGCCGUCAUGGCCAGCGAGGUGACGAGGAUGGUGGCACAGCCAGCGCCCAGCAGCACAGCCGCCGCAUACACAGCCACGCCCAGUGCAUCUGCCAGCGCCACCCAGGCCGCGAAGGCCAGGAUCACCAGGAGACCCGUGAAGUAGGUCAGCUAGGGGAGGUGGAAGCCCGGCUGGGCAUCAGACCCAUGCUGCUGGGCACCCCCGAGCCUGGCACUUGCCCUCUCUGGUCUUCAAUCCACCACCCCUACCCCCAACCCCAGCAAAUGAGGUGCCCGAGCCGGACGGUUCCUCAGGAGCCCCCAGCUCGGACCUUGGCCAAGUGGGAGACUCCGAGACGCAGAGGUGCUCAGAGCUCUGCGGGGCUGACACCCUAGGGCUGUGCUUUCUGUGCAGUGCAGCCAUGAGAGAGGGGGCCAUUUAUGUCUAAGUGCAAGUUGGUUACAGCGAAGACAAUCGCAGCCACACGGGGUGGACAGAAAGUCCCAGAGCUCUGCAGCCCCGAGAGUCUGAGAACCCAAGAUACUCGGAAGCCAGGAUUCUGGAAUUGUUGGUUCUCAGACCCGGGGCUGCUACGAGGCGAGAACGCCCAGGCCUGGAACCACCCGGGCUGGAACCAGAGUUGCCGGGUCUGCUGUGUCUGGUGGGUUCUCAGCUGCAAGGUGCCCCCAGCCCCCACCGCCCCGCCCUCUGCCCGCUGUCCCCACACUCACAUUCCUCCCGAUACGCUUGUUGACUGGCUUCAUGAGGAAGGACGAGAAGAAGCCGCUGAGGUACAUCACCAGGGGGAUGGUCGCGAUGAACCUCUGUCGGGGCAGAGGUGGCACUGGCGUUUCAGGCGCAGCUCAUGGGGCUACGGGGCGUCCCGUCUCUACUCCCCGCCCCACCCAGCUCACCUUGGGCAGGUGGAGGGAGUAGGUGAGGUACAUGGCUAUGUAGGUCUGGGACAGGUUCACAAUGAGCCUCGUGGACAUGUACAGCGCGCCCACCUGUGGGCAGACGACCAGAGGGACGGGCAGGGGUCUGGCGGCCCUUCUCCACUCCUACCAGCAGGGGGCGCCAGGGCCUGGGCGCGGCCCCUGCAGCAGGUGUCUGAUCCAUCGGUAGUUCACUGCCCAGGUGGUCAGGCCAGAAGAGAGCGGCGAUUGACUAGCAAUGUCUGCCCAGGUGUGGGGUUGAGCAGGGGCUACGCUUGCCAUCUGCCACCUCUGACUGCUCUCUGGACGCUGUGACCCUGCAGGGUAAAGGGCUGGGCUGGGGAGAGGGGUGUCCCCGACGUACCUGAUAAAAAGCCGGCUCCCGAAGCCAGUGUUUCCAGAGCAGCAGGGGCCGGGCGGCGGGGGCCACCAGAGGGCUGCUCUCAUCCGGCUCCUCCAGCCGCAGCCGCUGCCUCUCCCGGGUGCCCAGGUGGAACAGCAGCGAGAAGACAGCUCCAAUGCCCACCACCAACAGGGACAGGUUCUGGGGACCCCGAGGAGCGUGUCAGCGGCGGCUCUCCCAGCCCCAGCCUCAGGGGCAAGGACUCUGGAGUGACCCACCCGGGCCCCGGCUCACCCGGAACACCGGCACGUCCUGCAUCCCCAGCUGGUCGCUGACGCUGAGGUCCUGGGCAGGCCCCACGUGCGAGGAGCCCUGCAGGUGGAGCAGGAGCCAGGCGGCGCCGUAGACCGUGAUGUUGGCCACCACGGUGAAGGCGUACCUGGCGGGGGGGCACGGCCUCAGCAGGGCAGCCGUGGACCACGGGCUGCUUCCUCCCGGGGGCCGCACCUUCGGGGCAAUUUGCGGCAUCUGGGGGAUCCCUGGCUGAGAGGUGAUUUCAGCCACCAACACAUUGGGUGACCUCAGGGAAGCGCCUGCUGGCCUCAGUUUCCCCAGCCUACACAUGAUCCGAGGACGUGCAGCUCUGGCCUGCAACCCCACCCUACAUGACCUCCCAUCUGCCAGGGCCAGGUCCAGGCUGCAACCCCAAAACUGAGUGCCCAGAUGCCCAGAAACCAGGAUUCUAGAAUUCUUGGCUCUCGGAUCCUGGCCUAGCGUCCAGGCCUGCAGCCCUGCUUGGCCAGGGGCAGAGGGCGGAGCCUCCGGAUUUCACCAGGACUCAGUUUCCCUUUCUGAAAGCAGGAGCGAUGCCAUCUCCAGAGGCCAGAUGAGCCUGACAGGAGGUCACUGGCAAGGUGCUGCCAUGUAGGAAGUGCCCCAGAGUCUGGCCCUGGUCAGCAGGGCCCUCGGGGACCCUGGGCGUUGGGCAGUCCCUGCCGUCGGUGCCACAGUGGGGAACUGAAAGGCAGGGCUGGGGAGGCGGCCAGGGUGGACAGGCUGGCCUGGAGAUGGAAUAGACCCGAUGAAGAUGCUACCCAAACCGCAGCCUGGGGCACACCUCUGGAAUACGGAGGGGACAGCCGUUCCCACCACCCUGGCACAUAGCAAGGAUUAAAGAAGUGGAUUCAUGUCAAGGGACUAGAACGAUGCCUGGCACACAGCAAGUGCUCAAUAAAUGCUC